GGGCGCAAACCAGUCGGGUUUGGAUGGAAAUUCGUUCCAGGAGGCUUCAGUUCCCAUUUACAUUUAAGAGGAAACGACCACACGCACAGUGAGUUUGGUUGAGAACAUGAAAGCGUUGGCAAUGGAGAGGAGGAUUUCUACCUUGGCUCUGCUGUCUCUGGUGCUGUCAGGUGUCGGUGCCCUCACCGUGAGCAUCCCGGAGAAGUUAUACGAGUAUGCCAGGGGUGACAACAUCACACUGCCCUGCACCUUUAAACCCAAAAAUCCCCUCUUGAAAACAUCCCUAGUCAUCAUCUCAUGGUCGGGUGAGAUUCAGGGCGUCGACCUUGAGCCCCUGAUCCUCACUUAUUAUUCUAAUGUUGGAACUAUUGACAUCAAAGCGCAGUAUGAAGGCCGCGUGUCACUGGAUGUAGAUGUUGCCACGGGAAAGGCCGACCUGAAACUUUAUUCCAUCACAAAAGCGGACAACAAGGAGUUUGAGUGUCGCGUCCAGAUUCCAGGCGACGAUGAGGGCACGCCGUCCGACACCACGCGCCUGGUGGUGCUCGUGGCUCCAUCUAGACCCAUCUGUAAGAUCCAGGGAAAGGCAGAAUACGGCAAGAACAUCAACCUGACCUGUUUGUCUGAGGAAGGCUCGCCGACACCCAGUUACUCGUGGAAAAGUCAAGAUGUCAGGAACAUGCCUCGCGUGGCCGACCCAAGAACCACCGACAAGGGAGGCGUCCUGUCUCUCUACAACAUCUCCAAAGAUGCAUCAGGAUACUACAUCUGCACCUCGGCAAACAAGAUCCGCUCGGCUACCUGCAACAUCACCCUCUCAGUCAUGCCACCUUCCAUGAACAUUGGCUCAACUGCAGGAAUCAUCGGUGGAGUCGUCGCCGCGUUGAUCGCACUCAUCAUCGUCAUCUAUUGCUGCUGCUGCCGGAAGAAGAAGAAGAAGAAGGAGGAGGAGUUCACCAUGGGAGCUCGUGAGGGAGAGUACAGCGACAAAAAGCCAGUUGGAAACGGUGAGAGUCGCCUCGCCGAUGGACGAGAGGACGACCGGGCUCCUGAGGACUCCAGUGUGAGGCGCCCCACUGAAAGCGCUGACCGCUACGACGACCGGAGUGAGCGUAACUACGACGACCGCCGCAGCGACUACGACGACCGCCGCAGCGACUACGACGACCGCCGCAGCGACUACACCGAUCGCAGAAGCGACUACGAUGACCGCCGCAGUGACUACGACGACCGCCGCGACUACGACGACCGCCGCGAGAAGCACACUGACCGCAAUGAGCGCUACGACGACGACCGUCGCAAUGACGACGACCGCUAUGACGAGCCCUAUGAGGAUCGUGAGGACGACAGACCGCCUGUGCCAAUCAAUAAGCCGAAGGACUUCCGCGUCUAAAGCCGCCGACUUGCAUCAACCUCCAUCUUCUGUUUCAUCUCCAUUGACUUUACUCCAAUGGCAGCCAGUUACCUCCCACUCAAGGUGUGCCCUUUUUUGUUGUGACAUAAUUGGCUCAAACACCACAAAUAUACUGUAAUCUUCUUUUUUUUUUUUUUUCUCGAACAAUUUUAUGAGUCAUGCUUUUUGUGGGAGGAUUAGUUGAGGAAGGGCAGGGAACCCAAAAUGGUGGGUCCGUUUUAUACAGGGAGUAGUCGGGUGGGUGGGGUCACCAGUCGCAGACUCGGGUAAAGGCCCGGGUGGACACAAUGCUCCGUGCAAGAUCUGUAUCUUUUUGUGUACCAAGCUUGUGUCAUGCAAAUAUUUCAAAGACCCCCAGAGAGAUUUCUAGCUUUGUAAUACAGAAAUUUGGUGGUAUCUUAGCUUUAAAAUGUUAAAUAUGAAUGGAUGGCUUGGUUUAUGUGUUUGAUGGCUUCUGUUGCAAGGUGUAACUGGUGGUGGGUUAUUGUUUUUAAUUAACAUUUCCUUUUUAAGGAAGUUACCGUCGCACUAAAGGAAAGGGCUUCCGUUUUGUAUCAUCAUUUGUCUUUCAUGGGAUUCAUUCUGUCUAAUUGAGUUUAAUGAUGUCUGUCCUUGUACAAAAACAGACAUUGAGACCGAUUUUAAUGUCCUCUUCUAUUUCAUGCUUUCAGUUUUCUCUCACAAUGAUAUAGAAACUGUAACUAGAAAUCCCUCUGAUUGUGUGGAUGUAUAGUGUCACCACUUCUCUCUCUCUCCUUUUUUAAAACAUUGCAAAAGAAAAUAAUAAUCUUUUACGUCUAAACUUUGAACAUAUACGGUAUAUAACCACCUUAACCAUGUCACUGUCAAAUAUGUUUUUAUUAUGUUGAAUUUUAGAUUUCUGUUGAACUGGAAUUAAAUCUGACAAUGUACAGUAAAAAUGCAAUUAUUUUAUCUCAGCAAUGGUGAUGUUCCCAGUUUUACAUUGGGAUUUAUGUUAUGAAACAUGGUGCGGUGUAAUCCAUUCAUGAAAUAUGCUUUAAAAAUAAAGCGACAAGAAAAUCAACA